UGUUCCACUGUCAUAAAAAAGAAACUAAGACAUAAACAUGGAAGGGGACGAUGAAGUAAACGUUUCGGCUAAGGGAUCUCGCUAUACGUUCUUCAAGAAGACAACGGAGAAGGAACAUGGCGUCGAAGUGGAAAAGACGUACAUUCUCUCCGUCAAUUUGUUCGGAAAUAAAGAUGACGAUUGGGCGGACCGUCUGAACUAUAUCGUGACGUUGUUCUUCAUAUGUGCAUUUGCAGCUUACACGACAUUCCUGCAAUAUAUCAAGUCAACACCCCCGAUCGACUGUUGGUGUCCAGCGGAGUUUACGGACACUCAUGUGGAAUACGUCCAAUACCACUGCUGGAUAUCAAACACGUAUUAUGUGCCCCCUUCAGAGGCGUUGUCAAAGGAUGACGUCAUACGAAGACGUUUUGUGAUAAAAUAUUACCAGUGGGGCCCGAUUGUACUGUUCUUGAUGGCACUCAUGUUUAAGCUUCCAAAUAUUCUUUGGCGAUUGACUAACGUAUACUCCGGUGUUAACGUUGGAUUUAUAGCACGCAGGGCCACGGAAUCACAGGAAAUGACGUGGGAUGAACGUCAGGACGCCAUUAAUAACCUUGCAUUUUACCUUUACCGCUGGCUACAUUUGUAUCGCCCUUAUCGGAGAAACAUUUUUUCAAAAAUAAGAAACUUGAAUUGUGAUAAAAGAAGUGGGAGCUAUCUUACUGCGCUUUACAUGAUCAUAAAAUGCAUAUACUGCAUAAAUGUGGCGGGGCAGUUCUUCCUGAUUGACGCGAUUCUGGGACAAAAUUUCUACUUAACGCUGGGUAUAGAUUUCUUCCAGAGACCCCCUUCCGAAAACAAUCAGUUGGGAUUGUUACAGUUUCCACGUGUCACAAUGUGCGACUUUAAAAUAAGACAAAUGUCAAAUGUACAGGACUGGACCGUGCAGUGUGUGCUUCCAUUAAAUAUGUUCUAUGAGGCCAUUUUCUUCUUCCUUUGGUACUGGUACGGUUUCGUUGCCUUGGUAACAUUUGCAAAUUUGCUUCUUUGGAUGUGGCGAGUAUUUUUCCCAAUAAACAGAAGAGUGUUCAUUGAGAAACUACUCAAUAUCCAUCCGGACAAGAAAGAGGAAAAUCAAGAAAUAGACAAGAAAAAGUUUCAUAAAUUUGUGUCAGAUUUUUUGCGCCAAGAUGGUGCGUUUGUGCUUCGUAUGGUGCAGCGAAAUACUAGUGACGUUUUUGCGACUGAUCUUGCCCUAAAAUUGUGGGAACAUUUUGUAAGCAGUAAAAGUUGACGCAUUUUUCAUAAAUGAAUAAAUAUGUCAUUAUAUGAGGCUUAUAUACCAUGUAUAGAUGUUUGUUAGAAUCUCUAAAAGCAUAUUUUUAUUUACAUGCAUGUCAUGUAAAGUUUUGUUGUUUAAAUCUAGAUUAGGCUAUGUAUUAUAAUAUCAAUUUCAAUUGAAAAA